AUGUCGAUUUCAAUACAGGAGCUGGAUAACACGGUCCGAGCGUUCUAUGAAGGGUCAGGCGACGUUCGAAAGCAAGCUCAGCAGUCCUUAACAGAGUUCAAGCAAAACCCUGAUGCGUGGUUGCUGGUGGGAAACAUUCUCCAAGAGUCGAAUUAUGUCCAGACAAAAUAUUUGGCUCUGCAGGUCCUAGACGAUGUGAUUAUGACACGAUGGAAGGUCUUGCCGCGGGACCAAUGUCAAGGUAUCCGAAAUUUCAUCGUCAAUUGCAUCAUUGAACACUCGAAGACGGAGGAAAAACUUAAGAGUGAAAGGGCCUUUCUGAACAAACUGAACCUCGUGCUCGUAUCUAUCUUAAAACAGGAAUGGCCACAUAAUUGGCCGACGUUCAUCAACGAAAUCAUUUCGUCUUGCCAUACAAGCUUGUCAAUCUGUGAAAAUAAUAUGGCGAUUCUUCGCUUAUUGUCAGAGGAGGUGUUCGACUACUCCCAGGACCAAAUGACCUCGACGAAGGCUCGAAACCUGAAAACCACAAUGUGUCAAGAAUUCUCCUCUAUAUUUCAGCUCUGUUCCGAGGUUCUGGGCACAGCCACCCAGAGCAGCUUAAUCAAAGCAACCUUGGAAACAUUACUCCGUUUCCUAAAUUGGAUUCCGCUGGGUUACGUUUUUGAGACACCCAUCAUCAACACUCUUCUCAGCCGCUUUUUGGAUGUUCCCGAUUUUCGGAAUGUGACGUUGAAAUGCCUGACGGAGAUCGGAAGCCUGCAGGUUGGGCCUCAGUAUUCAUAUGAUGAGAAACUGGUACAGAUGUUUACAGACACGUUGACUACCGUCUCCAAAAUCAUCCCUUUGUCGCUAGAUCUGAGGCAAACAUAUCCUACCAGCAACUCUAGGGAUCAAGAAUUUGUGCUCAAUUUGGCACUGUUUCUUACUAAUUUUUUCAGCGUGCGCUUACACCUCAUUGAAAGGUUACCAAACUCUGACUAUCUGACCCACGGCCAUUUCUACCUUAUCCGCAUUAGUCAGAUCGAUGACCGAGAAAUUUUCAAGAUCUGCCUCGAAUACUGGACGAAACUAGUCCAGGAGCUAUAUGAGGAAAUGCAGCAACUCCCAAUCACGGACAUCAACCCGUUGGUUACCAUGGGUGUCAGCGGUCUCUCAAAUGGCGGAGCGCCGAAUCCCAGCACUCUCGCCAAUUAUCCCCUUCGCAAGCAUAAGUAUGCGGAGGUACUAUCCAGCCUUAGGACCGUAAUGAUCGAAAAGAUGGUGCGACCUGAAGAAGUGUUGAUUGUCGAAAAUGACGAGGGAGAAAUCGUUCGUGAAUUUGUGAAGGAAAGUGACACGAUCCAGCUUUAUAAAACGACCAGAGAAUGCUUGGUAUAUCUCACGCAUCUUGAUGUCGUCGAUACGGAAAACAUUAUGGCAGACAAACUGGCCAAGCAAGUUGACGGGAGUGAAUGGUCUUGGGCGAAUUGCAACACAUUAUGCUGGGCAAUCGGGUCGAUAUCAGGAGCGAUGAACGAAGAAACGGAAAAAAGAUUUCUCGUCACUGUCAUCAAAGAUCUUCUCGGCUUGACUGAAAUGAAACGCGGAAAAGACAACAAGGCAGUUGUGGCCAGUAACAUCAUGUAUAUUGUCGGGCAAUAUCCCAGGUUCUUGAAAGCUCACUGGAAAUUUCUGAAAACCGUGGUUAACAAGCUUUUCGAAUUCAUGCAUGAGACUCACGAAGGAGUCCAAGAUAUGGCUUGUGAUACUUUUAUCAAAAUUGCCAAUAAAUGCAAACGGCAUUUUGCCGUUCAUCAAGCUAGCGAAGCUGAACCUUUCAUCGACGAAAUCCUUAGAUCAAUGAGGAAAAUUACUUGCGACUUGUCGCCUCAACAGGUUCACACGUUUUAUGAAGCCUGCGGUUAUAUGAUCUCCGCCCAAGGCCAAAAGUCCAUACAAGAUCGGUUGAUUGAGAAUCUGAUGUCGUUACCUAAUGCUGCUUGGGAUGCGAUUAUCAAUCAAGCCAACCAGGACCCUUCCAUUUUACAAGAUGAAGAGACCAUCAAAAUUGUGGGCAACAUCAUGAAAACCAAUGUAGCCGCAUGUUCUUCAAUCGGAAGCUUUUUCUAUUCUCAAAUUGGACGUAUCUAUCAUGAUAUGUUGAACAUGUACCGGGCUUCCAGUCAAUUGAUCAACGAAGCAGUUGCGAGAGACGGAAACAUUGCGACAAAAACGCCGAAAGUCCGUGGACUAAGGACUAUUAAGAAGGAAAUUUUGAAGCUCAUUGAUACCUAUGUCGAAAGAGCGGACAAUUUGGACAUGGUUAACAGCAGCAUGGUGCCUCCUCUUUUAGAAGCCGUUCUUCUGGACUAUAACCGGAAUGUUCCAGACGCUCGAGAAGCGGAGGUCUUAAAUGUGAUGACUACAAUUAUUCACAAACUACAUGUAUGUGUCUCUCAACCCAUCCGAGUGCAAGUUCGACAGUUGUCGCUAACCGCGUUACAGAACCUCAUGGAAGAUAAGGUUCCCAUUAUUAUGGAGAGCGUCUUUGAAUGCACCUUAGAGAUGAUCAACAAGGAUUUCCAUGAGUAUCCAGAGCAUCGGGUCAGCUUUUUCAAGCUCCUCCAAGCCAUCAAUCUCUACUGUUUCCCAGCACUCCUCAAAUUGGACGCCAGCCAGUUCAAGUUCGUGAUCGAUUCUUGCAUGUGGGCUAGCAAGCAUGACAAUCGAGAAGUGGAAAACACUGGCCUUACCAUGUGCCUUGAACUUGUGAACAAUAUGGCCGAGACCGAUCCGCAGACGGCUAGCAUUUUCUUCCGGCAAUUCUACAUCCCUAUUUUACAGGAUGUUUUCUUCGUUCUUACUGAUACGGAUCACAAAGCUGGGUUUAAACAUCAAGCGAUGCUUCUUUCGCGAAUGUUUUACUUUGUCGCUUCCGAUAAGAUACAACAGCCGAUCUAUGCUCCUGAACAAGCGCCUCCAGGAACAUCAAACAAAGAUUUUCUCCAGGAAUAUGUGGCCAAUUUGCUGCAAAGUGCCUUUAAAAAUUUACAAGAGGUGCAAGUGAAGCAAUUCGUCCUGGGUUUAUUCACGCUGAACGAUGAUCUUACCAAGUUCAAAACCCACCUAAGGGAUUUCUUGAUUUCACUGAAGGAGUUCGCCGGGGAUAACGCAGAGUUGUACGCUGAAGAACGGGAGCAGGCCCUGAGAGAAGCCAAGGCGGCUGAAAGAGAUCGUGCAAUGAAAGUUGGUGGUCUUUUAAAACCGGCAGAGAUGGAUCAGGAGGAUGAGCUCUGA